CAGGUCACCGAGGCCGGCAAGGAGUUCCUGAAUGCAAUUCAGAACGGACGGCACGGGGAGUUCGGGGAGCUCGAGAUGAAGAUGUUGCAUGUCUUCGCGCAGACUCACGACGAGCAGGUACAAAAGCGUUUGCGUUAUUUGGUCACCGGUGAUGCCAAGCACAACAACAGCGAGGAUCCUCUGACAUUUGACGGGGCUUUGGACAACUUUUUGUCGUCAGUGCAGCAGGACGCGAAAAAGAGUGUUUCCUGGGCAAAGAACUUUGACAGAUCGAUCGGAGUGCUGCGCCUGCAGGCCAAUGCUGUCUGCUUUGCGGCGGCUGCUGCUACUUUUACAGCAUAUGCCGGGAAUUAUGAUCCUGACUAUCAGAGAGAACAUCACACGACCGUCAACGCGUUGAAGAGCAUCCUCCACCAAGCACCGUUUGAGGCCAUCCAAACAUACCUUCGAGGGCAAGGUUACCCAGCAUUUGCUUUUUUGCUUUCCGCUACGAAAAUGCAGCAAGAUGACUUCUUGCCGAUGUCUUGCCAAGCUGGAGCAUCGCCGCAGCAGUGUGCCAACAAUUUGAUACAGUUGGGGGUAGCGCUUGUGACAGGAUUCAGAACCACACAAAGCUUCAAGGCUGACGGCGCUCUGGAGCAUAAGCAACUUACAGGGGCAGAGGGUGAAUCGCAUGCGAUGGUGGCCAUCGGCUUCUACCAAAAAUCCGAGCAGACCUUCUUUAUCCUGCAGAAUGGCUGGGUGCGGAAGCCCUUCGUGAGCGCUUCAUGGCACGCUCUCGUGCAAGCCCGUGCUACGUUCCAUUUCUGCAGGGAUGGCGUUCAACUCAAUCUCGAUCCAAAUCGAUGCUCCCUUCUUCAGGAUGUGAUUUGCGCAGACUGUGCCAUGGAUGCAGGCCCAGAUGCAUGUGAGCCGGACUUUGCUUGA